AUGAAGACAGUGCAAGAGUUCUACGUCCGGUUCAAGGGGCCGGAAGAAACACCGUUCAAAGGCGGCCUAUGGAAGGUCCACGUAGAACUUCCAGACCAGUACCCAUACAAAAGUCCAAGCAUCGGCUUUGUCAACCGCAUAUUCCACCCAAACAUUGACGAGAUUUCUGGGUCUGUAUGUCUCGAUGUCAUCAACCAGACCUGGUCUCCAAUGUUUGACAUGAUCAACAUUUUCGAAGUUUUCCUACCGCAGCUCCUACGAUACCCAAAUCCUACAGAUCCUUUGAACGGAGAAGCGGCCGCGCUUCUGAUGCGAGAUCCAAAGACAUAUGAUAUCAAAGUCAAAGAGUAUGUCUCAAAAUAUGCCACCAAGGAUGCCGCGGACGAAGCUGGGGAGGAUGAGGAUUCCGAAAGCGAGAUGAGCUCGGUAGGUGAAUUCGACUCUGGUGAUGAAGAACCGGCGGGGCAGAUGGAGGUUUGA